AUGAAGAAGCUUCUAGGGAAUAUCAAGAAGAAGAGCGGCAGUCCCGAUCGCAAUGGAAGCCCCAGCCACUCGCUACCACAAGGGGACUCGCCCGAAGCCGUCGUCGUCCGCGAAGUGACAUCGUUCUGUGAAUCUGGCGCCCCCAACUCCGACGCAGCCGGCGAAGAAUAUCUCCAUCUCCCAGCCAUUGUCGACGCCGCAGAGUCGAGUCCUGCCGCCGCCAAAGAAGCCGCUGUGACCAUCCGUCGUUAUUUGAGCAAGGAACACUACCACCGAGGCUUCGCACAGUACAAUGCCAUCAUGUUGUUGCGCAUCCUGACCGACAAUCCUGCCCACGCCUUCACCCAGAACUUCGACGCAAAAUUUGUGUCGACGGUCAAAGAAUUACUGCGCGAGGGCAAAGACACGAGCGUACAGCAGAUACUGCGCGAGACGUUGGACUACAUGGAGUUUGACAAGGCGCCGGGCAAUGACAGCCUUGGACCUCUGAUGGAGAUGUGGAAGAAGGAAAAAGGCAAGCGUAAUGCUUUGCGCCCGACGCACGGCCACCCUCCUGCUGCCUUUGCGGGCCGCCAGCAGCAGCAGCCUCGACGACGUGACACUCUACCACCACCUGACGAGCUAGUCGGCCGGAUAGAGGAGGCCAAGACCACCGCUCGACUCCUGGUCCAGACAGUGCAGUCAACUCCUCAAGCUGAACUGCUCGCGAAUGACCUGGUCAAGGAGUUCGCCGACCGCGCCAGAGCGGCACAGAAGAGCAUACAGAGCUACAUGAAUGCUCAGGAUCCUGCUCCCGACCCAGAUACGAUGCUCACACUGAUCGAAACGAACGACCAACUGAACAUUGCCAUGUCCAAACACCAGAGGGCGGUUCUAGCCGCUAGGAAGGCGACGGGUCUGACGACACCUAGUCCUGCUGCUGAGCCUCAGCAAAAUCCCAUGUCGAUGCCACAGCACGUUCCCGGCCAGAAUGUGUACGCCGAUCACCGUCAAGCUCAUCCGCAGCUGUCCGAUCAUGGUCCUUACUCGGCCUCACCCCCUCGCCGGCAGAACACCAUUCCGACACCCGUCAGUCCACUGCGCCGGGAGGAAGACGAGCAUUUCGCGCCCCCGCCAGGACCUCCCCCAGGCCGUGCCCCGGCACAGGAGACACAAGCGCCACCACAACCCAACGCCGGGCCCUAUGAUUUCUCGAGUGCGGCCAACUUCUCAAACCAAUUCUCUGCGCCGGCACCUCCUCCUUCACUUCCGACCCGGUCUACCGCCCGUCCGCAGUCACAUGUCUAUACUUCGAGCGGCGACUUUGGUGUGGCCGAAAACCCCUUCGCGGACGACGCCUAUGGACCAGGAACACCCCAGAGACCAGCUGCACUAUUCUCGGAUCGGAAUGCCGAUACACCAUCACCGCGACCUGCACAGGGACACUCGGCCAAUCCGCACGUGCACGAGUUGCCUAGCGAGCAUGACCGACCGGGACCGUACAAUGCGGGAUACCAGCCGACGCCCAGUUAUAUGCAUCGACAGGAGUUGUCAGCGGAGCAGGUCACAAUGCACGGUGGAGGCCCAUCUCCCGCGGCGACAGUGACGAAUGGCAGUUCGUCACACCCGCAAGGCGGCAUGUAUGGAAGCCACCCUUCUAGUCCGGUCGACGAUACGCAGGCAGUGGGGCGGAGAAUGAAUGAUAUGCAUAUUUAA